AUGAUUUUCGCAGCUGUUCAUAUAACAGGUCUCAGACAGCGAUUCCAUAACAUACACUCACCGCAAAACUCAGUAGCUAUCAUCAUGGCAACUGCCGCCAAAAUUCCCGUCAUAGACCUGGCGUCCAAAGACGAGGCGCAGGUUGCAAAGGACCUGGUUGAUGCGGCUGUUGAGCAUGGCUUUGUGUAUAUCAAGAGCCAAGGUAACGACAUCCCAGUGGAUGCGAUAGAUGGUGCCUUUGAACUGGCAAGGAAAUUGUUUGCAUCACCAAUGGAGGAAAAGACAUCCUGCCCCAUCCAAACAGACAACCGUGGAUACUCAGGCAUGCAUGUUGAAACGUUGGAUCCUGCAAACCAAAGGGUUGGCGAUUUCAAAGAAGCUUUUAACUUUGGCGAGUGCAAAGACGGCAAGCCUCAGCAACCACUCCCGCCAUCCCUCAUCCCGCACGCCGAUCAGAUCGGCGCCUUCUUUGACCACUGCUACCGGCUGUCUCUGAAACUCAACACGCUCCUCGGCAUCGGUCUGGCCACCGACCCACCAAGCUUCUUCCACGACGCCCACCUCCGCGAACGCGGACCCUCGGGAACCACCCUGCGCAUGCUGCACUACCCACCGCUCGGCGAAUCCGCGGGCGCCACGGCCAAUGACGUGCGGGCCGGCGCGCACUCGGACUACGGCAGCCUGACGCUGCUCUUCCGCCUACGCGGCCAGGCCGGGCUGGAGAUCCUGACGUCCGAGGGACGCUGGGCGCCCGUGCCCGUCACGCCGCCCGGGACCGAGAAUGACCCUUCCCCGCCGAUCCUGGUCAACAUUGGCGACCUCCUCAGCUACUGGACGGCGGGCCUGCUGCGGUCCACGGUGCACCGCGUCGUUUUCCCGGUCGCGGGCGGGACCGAGGGUGAGACGGCUGUCGAUCCGAGGUACAGCAUGGCAUUCUUCUGCCACCCGGUCGGCAGCGCAGCACUGGAGCCGGUGCCGAGCGAGAGGGUGCGGGCCGAAGGGCUGAAGGCUGCAGCUAGAGAGGGGAAUCCGCAUGCGCUGAAGAAGGAUGAGAUCCUGACCGCCAACGAGCAUCUGCAGAUGAGGUUGCGGGCGAGCUAUGCCGGUCUGUAUGUUGAUGAGGGUAAGGAAUGAUGCUAUUGAUCCGGUUGACGAUAUACGUCUUAGAAGGCUGUCGGUGUGUUGGCGAUGUAUUGUUAUUUGCAAGCAGCAAACCUUGCAUACUAUACUACCUACGCG